ACAGACAAUGUCCAAUUUUAUUUGGUUGAGACAUCGAACUUAUGAACUCUGGAGAAAGGUUCGAAAGUUCCUCUUAUCGACAAACACACAUUUUGCUUUACGUGUUUCUAUUUCCACUGCCGGUUUGAGUUCGUUGGUUUUCGUUGAAACGCUUCGUGGCUUUGUAGUCUGUUAUAUUGCUGUCUUUGUUUUUUUUGCACAGGCUGUCAUAAGUCCUUAUCCUUAUGUGGGUUCUGUAUUUAGAGGUUGUUUAAGUUUAUUAUUUGCUGGACUGAUCUCUUGUUGCUGUUCCUUGAUAUGUAUUUCAGCUGCUUCGGGAAAUGCAUAUGCUCUGUAUUUUCUGUUUCUUGUGUUCUCUUUAUUGAUUGCACUCCUAAGAUUGGAGCCUGAACUAACUGCAAUGGGCAUAUUUGCUAACCUUAUGUUUGCUAUCCAAGUGCUUCUUGCCAUCAAAGUUCCAACCAGUCAAAGUUGGAAUGCAGUAUAUCCUACUUUAGUAAGUGUAUGUCUUGCUUCAGGAACUGGAUGUGUUGCAGCUUUGUUUAUUUUUCCAAAAUCUGCAAAAGAGGAACUUGAGUAUAGUUUGCAACAGAUUCUAUUCAAGACUUGGAAUAUUUUAUCGCUUCUUGGUAAAUACAUAUGGAGCAAGGAAUCAUCAGAAAUUCCUUCCAGAAUAAUUGAAGAAAGUCAAAACUUACAAAAAACUUUGUAUUUUUGUCAGGUCUUGAUUAAUUAUCUUCCAUUUGAGCCUUGUAUCGAUCCUCCGUGGAGAGCAGAACCUGUUAAAGAGUGGCGAAUAUUGACAGAAAAAGUUGAUGAUGUUUUAGUGAAUCUUGAAGCUUUUUCUGGAGUCAUUCGAAGAGGAUAUGGCAUAACACCCAAUUCAUUCCAACGUUUAUGCGGUUCCAAUCCUACUUCUUUUGAGGAUAGAUUCGAAGAGAUUUGUCAGGAGAUCAAAUGUUUGGCAACAGAGGUUAAAGUAGGGCAUCAUUCCUCUUCCUGUAAUAUUCAAUUCAAACUUAGAGAACAAAUAGCCAAAGAGAGUCUUGUUUUAUUGAGAAGAUAUUGGAGAAAUGAUCAUAUCUUUGACAGAAAUAGCUUUCCUCAAGCGUUUGAAGCCAUAUCGAUGUUAUUUUUCUCGCUUGGUCUUCGUAGUCUGCAGCGAUGUAUUGAAGACGUUCAUCUUUCUAUUUGUGACUUGGAGAAGAAAAGAACAGAAUACAAGUUUGCGCCCUUAAGGAACUGGUUAAGUUGGGUGAAAGAAUUAUUACGUCCUUUUGUUAACUUUAAGAGAUUAUUUGGAAUGAUUACUGAUCAAAAUAAUUUCAAAUUUCUAUUCAAACAUACCUUAACUAUCGCUAUAGUUGGUUUUCCUAUCAUUUUUGCUGCUCAAUUUUCUGCUGCUGAACAACAUUUCAUGGAAACUUAUAACGCAUUGGCUGCCAUGAUUAUGGUUAUUAUUAUGUUUAUGAGAGGAAUAGAGUUGACGCUGUUUCGAAUUGUUUUGUAUUGUGCCUCAACUAUCGUUUCUUCUGCUUUAGCAUAUGCCGCAACCGUCUUUGCAGGUCAUAAUCCUUACAUUCUAUCUGUUUGGUUGGGACUCUGGACUUUUGUUGUCGCCAAUUUUGCAGUACGUUAUCCUCCUUAUCUAGUCGUUUGUCUAGCGUUCAUUUUUUCGGAAUACUUCAUAAUAUCUUGUCAGUACUGGUUACCAAAAUUCACUUUUGUUUAUCCUGCUUCAAGAACAAUCAGUGUUUUUGCAGGUUGUGGGAUUACGGGUAUCAUUGCUCUUGUUUUAUGGCCUCAUCGUGCAGCAGAAGAGGUGAGGAAAACAUUGAUUGAAGUUGCAUCAACAGAAAGACAAAUUUUUCGUCAUAUUGUUUCCAUAUUCUUGGAAAUUAACAAAGCUCCCUUGAAGACCGCUUUCCAAGUGAAUGAAGAGACUAGUCAGAGCAUGAAUAAGAUCAAAUCUCUUCUUGGUCGUGUUCGCGCUACUUUAAAGGCAGAUCCCUCUCUUAGUGUCGCCCAUGACUCACUUCCUAAAAUGCUCGAGUCUCUAUCCUCCAUGUAUCGUCGAUUCAUUCAUCUCUUCGCUGUUAUAUCGUCGAAACCUGCUUUAACUGGAGAAUUUUCCGACUCUAUUUGGCGUGCAUAUCUCUGUCACUUGGAACCUGAAUUCACAAAUGUUAUGGAUGCAGUAGAUAGUGGAUACGAGACUGUGAUACAACAUUUUAGUGUUCGCCGAAAAGAAAGGCCUCCACCAGCACGUAUCUUGCUGGCACGCGAAAACUUUCUUCAAUGUCGGAAACUUUUGCUAUUGAAUUAUCAACAUUUGCGACUUAAGAUUAUACAAAACUGGAGAGCCAAAAUGUGGGCUUUUGCAAAAAGUCAUUCUCCCGAGGAGUGGAAUGAUAUAACAUCAGUGAUCGACAAUGUAAAGACUGAUCAAGGUUAUGAGAGUAAGAUUUCGGAUGAAUUUAUCAAUGGUCCACCAGAACUAAAACCGGAUGACAACGUUAGAAACUUGUCUUUCAUUUACAGCUUGUUGCUUUUCUUUGAGUCAUUCGACACCUUUUUACAGGAAGGGUUUACUCUGAAGAAUGCAGCAGGAAUUUAUCCUCUUGCCCAGACACAAAUGCAAGAAGGAGUGGAAGCUUCAGCAACGGCAGAAAAUGUUUCAUUUGCCAGGCUUUCUUCGCUUCCUUCUUUCCGAGACUCCCAAUCAAGUAGUUUUCGGAAUGACAUGGAGAACUCACAGUUGUCAUCUAGCAUGGUGAGUUCCGAUGACCAUAUCGCGGGACAUGACGGUCCCCAAGUGCUUGACCUGAGAGGUGGUUACAAAAUAUAGGCUUAAAUUUCGUAAAUGAAGAUGACACGAUGUUUGUUUCCCAGAGAAAGUUUUAAGUUAUAACCAGUUCAUUGUUUGUCAAGGAAUACAAGGGUCUUCUUGUUUUAACUUUCUUUGGAAAAUCAAAGAUUCUGGGCACUCGUAAAAUUUGAAAUUUUGACGAGUUGUCAAGAAAUUCUUGAGAUUACCAAAAUUAGUAAAAAAAAUGCCAAUGAA